AAGUUCCCAAGUCUGGUGACUUUGCUGCCAGGGAAGAGGCUGAGCCACACACACAGACACCAGUAUUGUCCGCCUUGUUCUCUUCUAGAUGCUCUCCUGGGGUCUCCCCAGAUGUGCUCCAUCACACCCAGCACCUGCUUCCGAAAGCCAAGCCCAGGGCAUCUCCUUCCAUGGGAAGUAACGGGGCAAGAGGUUCUCCAGGAGGCGACCCCCCAGCGGUGGUCCUGCUGUCUGGAGGGUGGGCGAGGGUCUCCCAUGCCACUCUUCUGACUUGCAGCCCUUCCAAGGAAAAAUCCCAGAGGGUCUCCGGCUCUGGAUGGCGCUCCAAUGGAGACUGCCUCCUGGGUUGGGGGCAAGGUCUCCCAAUGGUUUCAGCCACCUCUGGAAAUCCCCCUGGGGCCAACACUCCCAGGGAUUUCAGGCCAGAAACUUUCCACAGGAAACGGGUGGCAGGUGGCGGCGGAAGUGAUGCAUUCCAGCCACAGAUAAAGUUUCAUCUCACACACACACUCAGCACUUCGAGGUGCAGUCAGAACAGGCGGUUCUGGGGCAGCAGCUCUUUCUCGUGCUGGAGAAUGAGGGUCUUGGACCAUCCGGGAAGCCUGCUUGGACUCCUGCUGCUGCUGGUGGCCCCUGGGGGGGAAGCGGCAGGCAGCCCGCAGGCAAAAGUGGACUGCAUUUGCCACAAUGAAGAUUACGUGAUCUGCGACUGGGGUAGCCAGCAGAAGCCGGGUCACAACUACUCUUUCUACUUCUGGUUCGAAGAACUCAGUAAGCCAGCAGAGUGCAAGGAAUACGGACAGAUAGAUGGACUCAAUGUGGCAUGCCAGUUCAGCCAAUAUCACCUCUUCAACUACUUGAAAAUGUACCUCAAUGACAGUCAGGGGCAGAAUGUUGUCCCCGAAGCCGUACUCCUGAACACCCGAGUGAGACCCGGCAAGCCUUUCAACCUCACCUUGCAAAACCUGAGCAACCACCAGCUGCUCCUGACCUGGGACACUCCCUACAAAAAUGCCAACUGUUUGCAGCACACUGUCAGAUACAAGAGCAACAAGGACACACAGUGGAUGGAAUACCACGUAAACAGCAUGGAGUUCCAAAUUCCCAGUGUGGAUCCUAAGAAGCACUACACCUUCUAUGUCAAGAGUAAACUGCACAACAAGUGUGCAACCACAGAUCUCUGGAGUGAGGAAUCCAACCCUACCUUUUGGGGAAAAGAAGACGUGUCCCCCACUUCACCGCCCUCUUCACUCAAAGACGUGGUGAUUCCAUUGGGCUUCUUCUUCGUUCUGCUGGUGCUACUCUUGGGCUUGCUGCAGAUGGAGAGAAUGUGGGUGGUCCUGAUGCCCAGAAUCCCAAAACCCAGCAGGAAGUUUGAGGAUCUCUUCACUGCAUAUCAAGGCAAUUUUUCAGAAUGGUCUGGAGUCUCCAAAGACAUGCUGGAGAGCUUUAGGCCCAGCCAUUAUGAAAACAUCUGCUCCAUCACUGAGCUGCUGCCCGGCGGGGACUGCCUGCCUGCAAGCAAUGAGGCCACAACCAAGACGGGAGAAUUGCCUGACCCUUUGCCAGACCCUCCUCCCAAGGCCAGCCCGGGCCCUGCGGCAUUCACCACCUGAGUUUGCACAUGGAGCCCCGGAGAGAGGAGUCCUGCCUCCAGGGCCCCCAAAGCCCCCCCCCAGCUGCUUGUAAAGGGAUGGAAGAGAAUUCAGUCAGGAAAGGAAUGACACAAGCUGCCCCCACUAAAAGAAUGCACUGCGGGUGCCUAGGCUGACCUCUGGCCGAGCUUCCCACUUCUGCAGUGGACAUCCUGCCUCUACCUCCCAAAUGUCCCCAUGACUUACGGGGCCAGUAAUCUUCUGCAGGGAGGUGGGGUCUGGUGCUGGAUUUUUCUUCAGCCACGGUAUCCCACCCAGGCGGCUUUGACUUCCCACUGACCCCUCUUGCUUUCCUGCUGCUGACUGAGUGGGUGCGUUUCCUGUAUUCGAAUACAAAGGCCCUUGCUCAUUGCCUCCUUCCUCUGAGCCUUCCAGGGGUCCUCUUGUGUCCCGCCCCUGGCAACACUGGUCCUCAUUUGAUGGCUGAGCUGUUGCAUCCAGAGCCCCUGGUCACUUAGCUGCUUCUGCUCACCAAAUUCUUAAUUACAGGAUUCCCGUUGAUAAAAUUCACGGAGCACUCAAAAAAGCUUGUCAUGAAAUGUGUCCUCAUUAAACAUGCUUUAGACUUUCUCA